GUGACAAAACAAAGUCUAAUAUUCUAGUAUAGAGGCAUAAACAGGGAUUUAGUAGUAAAUAAUGUUUUUAUUUGAGAGAGAGGCAAGAUGGCAAGAUCCACAUAAUAACCCUAACAUAUAGCUCCAAAUGCCUUUCCAUCUCUGGCCCACUUUACAGGGAUUUAUUAUGACUAUGACUUAGACCUGGUAUCAUCAUAAACUAACGCAUAUAAGACCCACAAUGACCUACACAUUCAGCAUCCAAGCGGAAAAGAACUGGCAAGCAAAUGCCCAAGAGGAUCUCUACUUCUCACAGAAAUUUCGGAAGAUGAAGAUAUUCCAGUUGAGGCUUCCCCAUAUAAUCCUGCAACUGGUUAUCUACUGUACAUACCUGGUGCAGGCAGACAUGGUAAAUCAGCAACUCAGAGAGACUUACUUAGUUCACAUGGAUAAGUCCAGUAUGCCAGAAAGUUUCGAUGAUCAUUUUCAGUGGUUUGAGUCCUCUUUGAAAUCAGUGUCAGAGUCUGCAUCCAUGCUUUACACCUACAACAAUGUAAUCCAUGGAUUCUCAACAAGGCUAACAGCUCAGGAAUACGAGUCACUCCAAAAACUACCAGGAAUUAUCUCUGUUCUUCCUGAAGUGAUAUAUAAGCUUCACACAACUCGGACUCCGCAGUUUCUUGGGCUAGGAAAGGGUCCAUCUUUAUUUUCUGCAUCAAAUUCAGCAAGUGAGGUGAUUGUGGGAGUAUUGGACACUGGAGUAUGGCCAGAACUGAAAAGCUUUGAUGACACAGGACUCGGAUCAGUUCCAAGUAGCUGGAAAGGCGAGUGUGAGGUGGGAAAGAACUUCAACUCGUCAAGCUGUAACCGCAAACUAAUUGGUGCUAGGUUUUUCUCAAAAGGGUAUGAAGCAGCUUUUGGACCAAUUGAUGAUGCAACAGAAUCAAGAUCACCAAGAGAUGAUGAUGGCCAUGGAACUCACACUGCUACUACAGCAGCUGGUUCAGCAGUUCCCGGGGCUAGCUUGUUUGGCUAUGCCUCUGGGACAGCACGUGGGAUGGCUACACAAGCCCGAGUAGCUGUUUAUAAGGUGUGUUGGCUUGGUGGGUGUUUUAGCUCUGACAUAGUAGCAGCCAUGGACAAAGCCAUUGAAGAUGGUGUGAAUGUUAUAUCUAUGUCCAUAGGAGGAGGAUUAUCAGAUUAUUACAGAGACACUGUUGCCAUUGGAGCUUUCACUGCUAUGGCACAUGGAAUUCUUGUAUCCUGUUCGGCAGGAAAUGGUGGGCCCAGUCCAGGCAGUUUAUCCAAUGUCGCACCUUGGAUAACUACUGUAGGUGCCGGAACUUUGGACCGUGAAUUCCCUGCCUAUGUCAUGUUAGGAAAUGGAAAGAACUACUCUGGCGUGUCACUUUAUAGUGGGAAACCGCUAGCUGAUUCUUUUGUACCAAUGGUUUAUGCUGGUAAUGUAAGUAGUACGACAAGCGGUAGUCUUUGCAUGACUGGCAGUCUGAUUCCAACAAAAGUUGCAGGGAAAAUUGUGGUAUGUGAUCGAGGAGGAAACUCUAGGGCACAAAAGGGAUUGGUGGUGAAGGAUGCAGGAGGUGUAGGGAUGAUACUAGAUAACACAGAAUUAUAUGGUGAAGAACUAGUUGCAGAUGCACAUCUCUUGCCCUCUGCAGGUGUGGGCCAGAAAACAGGUUAUGCAAUUAAGAACUAUCUGUUUUCAAGUUCUAAUCCUACAGCCAAAAUUACAUCUGGAGGCACAGAGUUAGAUGUCCAACCAUCACCAGUGGUGGCAGCAUUCAGUUCUAGGGGUCCCAAUCCAGUCACUCCUGAAAUACUCAAACCAGACAUCAUAGCACCGGGAGUGAAUAUCCUUGCUGGUUGGACUGGUAAAGCUGGUCCUACAGGGUUGGAUAGUGACGUAAGAAGGGUGAGCUUCAAUAUCAUCUCAGGCACAUCCAUGUCAUGCCCCCACGUAAGUGGGUUAGCAGCACUUCUCAAGGCUGCUCACCCAGAAUGGAGCCCAGCUGCCAUUAGAUCUGCCCUGAUGACCACAGGCUACACAACAUACAAGAGUGGUGAAGCCAUACAAGACAUUGCCACAGAAGAACCAUCAACACCAUUUGAUUACGGUGCUGGACAUGUGGAUCCAGUGGCAGCCCUUGAUCCUGGCCUUGUCUAUGAUGCGACUGUCAGUGACUACCUCUACUUCCUCUGUGCCUUGAACUACACUGCAUCUCAGAUAAAGGCAGCUACAAACAGAGACUUCACUUGUGAUCCAGGCCAUAAAUACAUCCUGGGGAAUCUUAAUUAUCCAUCUUUUGCUGUUCCUCUGGCAACAGCCUCGGGUGAAGGUGGUGGUGCUGAUGAAUCAAGCACCUUGAAAUAUACUAGAACUCUGACUAAUAUGGGCACGCCUGCAACAUACAGGGUCUCGGUAUCUUCACACACAACAGCAGUGAAGAUCUUGGUUGAGCCAGAAUCACUUAGUUUCAGCGAGCAGUAUGAGAAAAAGAGCUAUACAGUGACAUUUGUUGCCAACUCUAUGCCAUCUGGUACGAAUAGCUUUAGUCGAUUGGCUUGGUCAGAUGGGAAGCACGUCGUUGGCAGCCCAAUAGCUUUCAGCUGGACUUGAUUGCCAUCACUUAUGCUCAAAUAACUCCAAAUUGUGGACUGUACAGCACCAAAACUGCGUGCAAUUUAUCAAUCUUAUUGCAUAGUAAAUCUCCCAUUGUAUUUCACACCUUUUUCGUCACCGAGUAGCAAGCAGACUCACUUGUGUAACAGCUCUUUACACUAUCAGACAAAAACAAAGCGAACUUCGGGGAAAGUAAUUAUAUAGAUAAUUGCACAAGGAAUUGAAAUGUGCAUUCAGA